AUGGGCAGCUGGUGCAUCAAUGAAAUCGAGCCAUGCGAUCCUUUAGAGGGGAGAAAAUUGGAUGGCUCUUGCAUCAAUAUCAAACAUCCCACCAGAGGAGCGGCUCAUACACCAACGUUGAGGUUACUACCAGCAGAAUACGAUAAAGAUUUUGAGCCUAGGAAAGCAAAAUCUGGAGAUCCACUUCCCCUUGCUAGAUCAGUUAGAACAACUGUUUUGGCAGAGGGAAGAAUAUCAAGUUCGACGUUCACUCAACUUUUAACGCAUUUUUGGGUAUUUAUAUCUGCUGAUGUCGUAUCCGUCCAUGAUACAGUAAAUUAUAUCAAAUGGACACCUUACUGUUGUGAAGAGAAGGGAAAAACUGAUAAAAAAUGCACUCCAAUUAAGAUACCUGAUGAUGAUCCGGUACACAGAUUUUCUUCUAUAAGAUGUUUCAAUUUGACAAGACCAGAGAGUUUUCAAUCGAGAGGGUGUUUGAAGAAUGAUACGUCGCCUGAGAGAAUUACAACAGCGACUCCAUUAUUUGACUUGUCACAUUUAUAUGGAACAUCAUUAAAGACACUAAAUGCAAAGAGUAGACAACUCGAGAAAGGUCUGUUAAAGAUUGAAGUAGCUAAUGGAAAAAUUUGGCCACCCAGCGUGAAGGGUAAAGACCAUGUAUGCUUCUUAAAUCAGUUACCCCAAGAAACUCGAUGCCAUGAUUUACCGGAAAGCGGCGGUAACAGUGUUUUAGGCAUAAAUUUGUUUACUAUUUGGUCAUGGCGUUUGCACAAUCGUGUAGCCACUGGACUAGCAGAAGUAAAUCCCUGCUGGAACGACGACAAACUUUUCUUCACGGCGAGGGAAAUUGUGAUAGCUAUUAUUAUGCAGAUUUAUUAUUAUGAACUAUCACCAGCCUUGAUGGGCUAUGAUAAUUUGAUCAAAGCUGGUGUCCUCUCGCCAAAGAAAGAAUUCAGAGAUUUAUACGAUAAUAAUUCAAUACCACAAAUCACACUCGAGUUUCCAUAUGUUUUGCGGUGGGCUCACACCAUUCAAGAAGGAAAUUUAAAAAUGUAUGACGAAAAUGGCAUUUAUUUAAAAGAGACUAAAAUAGUUAAUUUGACACUAAGAACUGGUUACUUAGAUGAAAAUUUGGAGUAUAUUACCCACGGAGUCUUCAGGCAGCCUUCUGCUAAAUUUGACUAUGUUAUUGAUCCAGAUGUAGGGGAAUUUACUAUAGGUCCUCAUCAGACAGCCUCUGAUGUUUUAACCAGUGAUCUGACAAAAAAUCGUUACUUUGGUUUCGCUCCAUACGUUCAAUACAGAAAGCUUUGCUCCGGCAAGACGUAUCGCACGUUUGAUGACUUAAGUGAUGUUAUUGAUUCUGAGAGAAUUCAAUUGCUUAAAGAAAAAUACAAGCAUAUAGAAGAUAUCGACUUAAUGGCGGGUAUAUGGUCAGAAAGGCUAAUUAAAGGGGGCUAUGUCCCUUCUACCCUCUACUGUGUCGUCGUAGACCAAAUGUACAGGAAUAUAGUCACAGACAGACAUUGGUAUGAAAGACCUAACCGACCCAACGCGUUUACUUUAGGCAAGUUAUUUUUUAUUAAAAAGAAAAAUAAUUUUCAGAGUUUCCUUAUAUUUUUACUUACAAUAUAUUAUGUUAUAGAACAACUUUUGGAAGUAAGGAAGGCGUCAAUUGCGCAGAUCAUGUGUGCUGUAGCUGAUAAAGUGACAACCAUACAACCACAUGCUUUCUUUAUGCCUGGGCCAGGUUGGUGUAUCAAUGAAAUCAUACCAUGCAAUCCAUAUGAAGGGAGAAGAUUUGAUGGUUCCUGCUAUAAUCUUAAGUAUCCCAGCAGAGGAGCGGCUCACACGCCCAAUUUAAGAUUACUACCUGCAGAUUAUGAUACAGAUUUCGAACCUAGAAAGGCCAAGUCCGGAGAACCCCUACCGCUCCCUAGAUCAGUUAGGACGACACUGUUGGCCGAAGGAAGGGUACCAGAUUCGACAUUUACUCAACUCUUACCACAUUUCUGGUUGUUCGUUACUAGCGACAUCUUAUCCGUCCACGACACAGUAAACUAUGUUAGGUGGACACCUCAUUGUUGUCAAGAAAAAGGAAAAACAGAUAAAAAAUGCAUUCAAAUGAAAAUACCUGACGAUGAUCCAGUACAUAGAUUUUCUUCUAUAAGAUGCUUUAAUUUAACAAGACCUCACACUUUUCAAAAUAGUGGUUGUUUGAAAAAUGACACUGUUCCUGAAAGAAUUACAUCAGCAUCUCCGAUAUUUGACCUAUCUCAAAUAUAUGGAAUGUCGCUGAAGGUACUCAAUACUAAGAGUAGAAAAUUUGAGAAAGGCUUGCUGAAAUUUGAAGUAUCUAACGGGAAAAUAUGGCCACCCAGUGCGAAGGGCAAGCAUUUGUGCACUCUGAAUCAGUUACCUCAUGAAACUAGAUGUCAUGACAUACCGGAAAUUGGCGGAAAUAGUGUAUUGGGGGCAAAUUUAUUUACGAUUUGGACAUGGCGUUUGCACAAUCAUAUAGCAUCUGGGCUAGCAGAAAUCAAUCCCUGCUGGGACGACGAGAGACUCUUCUUUACGACGAGGGAAUUAGUUAUCGCUAUUAAUAUGCAAAUUUACUACUAUGAACUAUUGCCUGCGUUGAUGGGUUAUGAUAAUUUAGUUCAAACUGGUGUUCUCUCACCAACUAAUGACUUUAGAGAUAUAUACGAUGAUAAUAUAGUGCCACAAAUCUCACUGGAGUUUCCACAUAUUUUGCGUUGGGCUCAUACCAUUCAAGAAGGAACUUUAAAAAUGUAUGACACAAACGGAGUUUACUUAAAGGAGACUAAGCUUGUUAAUUUAACUCUAAGAACUGGAUAUUUAGAAGAUAACUUGGAAUAUAUCACCCAAGGAGCCUUUAGACAGCCCUCCGGUAAAGUUGAUUACGUUAUCGAUCCAGAUAUGGCGGAAUCGGCUUUGGCUGGUCAUCAGGCAGCCUCUGAUGUUUUCACCAGUGAUCUGACGAAAAAUCGGUACUUUGGUUUCGCUCCAUACGUUCAAUACAGAAAGCUGUGCUCCGGCAAGACGUAUCGCACGUUUGAUGACUUGUAUGAUGUUAUUGAUCCUGAGAGAAUAGAAUUGCUUAAAGAAAAAUACAAGCACGUGGAGGAUAUCGACUUAAUAGCGGGUGUAUGGUUAGAAAGACCUAUUGAAGGAGGCUAUGCCCCUCCCACACUAUACUGUAUCGUCGUAGACCAAAUGUACAGGAACAUAGUGUCAGACAGACAUUGGUAUGAAAGACCUAACCGACCAAAUGCUUUUUCUAUAGAUCAGCUCUUGGAAAUAAGGAAGACUUCAGUUGCGCAGAUCAUGUGUGCUGUAGCUGAUAAAGUAACCACCAUACAACCACAUGCAUUCUUUUUGCCUGGACCUGGG